AUGGUGAAGAUGAGCGUGGACACCGUGAAGGUGAAGGAGCUCCAGAUUUGCUCUUCUUCCAACGGAGAUGAGAGACAAUCCUGGGAGGAGAAGGAGGAACUCCAAGAAAAGCACCCGGGCAUCACCGCCAGUGCUCAACAGGUGACAGUGAGACGAGCCCGCAAGGUGGAAGGCGGCGUGUUCUUUCCCAAGCCCGAGAACGCAGUGACGAUCGCCGUUUCUACGCGGGUUCUGUUCCGCACCGAGCGGGAAGAGAAGGUGUUUGAGCAGCACGGCGUAGAGGAAUAUCUGCGAUACCAAAUCGAACAUGAGAACGAACCCUUCGCCCCUGGACCUGCUUUCCCCUUAGUUAAGGCUCUGGAAGCGGUAAACGCUCGUCUGCGCGAGUUGUACCCGCAGAGCGAAGAGCUGUUCGACAUCGUGCUGGUGACGUACAACCAUGCGCACGUGGGGAUCCGCCUCAUCAACACCAUCAACCAUCACAAUCUGUUCAUAGAGAGGUUUUGCAUGACGGGCGGGAGCAGUCCGAUCGGAUACCUCAAGGCUUGGCACACUAACCUCUACCUGUCGGCCGACGCAGACAAGGUCAGGGAGGCGCUGGCUGAAGGUAUCGCCGCGGCAACCAUGUUCAUGGCAGAGAAGCGGACGGAGGUGUCAGAGUCCCAGCUGAGGGUGGCAUUCGACGGCGAUGCAGUUCUGUUCUCAGACGAGUCCGAGCGCAUUUUCAAGGCCCACGGGCUGGACAAGUUCUUCGAACAUGAGCGGGAAAAUGAAGACACUCUGUUGGAUCAUGGUCCACUAAAAGGUUUCCUGGAGGCUUUAGGGAAGCUCCAGAAGAAGUUCUAUGCUAAAGGCCAGCGGCUGGACUGCCCGAUCCGGACCUACUUAGUGACGGCCCGAAGCGCGGCCAGCUCCGGCAUCCGGGCCCUGAAGACCCUCAGGGCUUGGGGCCUGGAAAUCGACGAGGCCUUGUUCCUGGCGGGGGCGCCCAAGGGCCCCAUGCUGGAGAAGAUCAGACCUCACAUCUACUUUGACGACCAGAUGUUUCACGUGGAGGGCGCGGCUGAGAUGGGCACCAUUGCCGCCCACGUGCCUUACGGCAUCGCCCAGAAACACGCCGGGAAAAACUCUGGUGUGGCGAAGUAG